CAUUCACGCUCAUCAAUGCCCUCUCUGUCUCUGGGUCUUUGUCUCAUUCUCAGCAGUGACAGUGCUGCCAUGGCGUCCGGACCUCCAGAUGUGAUGGCCAAUCAGGAGCCUGCUGAGGUCCAGGAAGAGUGUUCAGGAAAGAAAAAGUCCAAGUUCCAGACGUUUAAAAAAUUAUUUGCCAGGAAGAAGAGAAAGGAGCCCGCUGGAGCUGACGCGGGGCUGAAAGCCAGCCAAUCAAGCGACGAUGUCAGCAAGGCACCGGAGAACAACACGCUCACUCGAUCAGAGAAAGAUAAGGGGUCAAAGAUCAGCCUGGGCAGCAAGGCCUUGUCGCAUGACUCUGUCUUUGUUUCUGACUCGUCAGAAGCCAAUGAGGCUCUUGGAGCGUCUCAGGACAGCAUUCAUGGGAAAGUGAAAUCACUGCAGCUCCAGCUGAAACAGGCCAUCAGACUGGGCUCUCCUCCAUCCCUGAUGUGCGUGAAGAGGGCAGAUGAUGCUGGAACCAUGUCUGAGGACGAUGGUCUCCCCUGCAGUCCACCUGAAUACACCACACCUCACGCAGCCAUGAAGCAGACUCAGAGGAACAGUUCAAUCAGUCUGGAGGGAGUAGAUAGUGAUGACGACCAGCUUUCCCGUGGAGCCUCCAGUAGAGCAAUGAGUCCCUUGGUGGUUCCUGGGGACUUCAGUCAACCGGCCAGUCCCUUCGCCUGCUUGGACAACUCUGCUGCUAAACACAAGCUGGGCCUGAGACAUAAAGCCUGCAACAGGAGGAAGCCUGUCAGUAAGCUGGAGCUGAAAGAGGGAGAGUCUGCAGUGGAUGGGAUGCUGAACACCUCCAUCACAGAGGGUUUGGAGGAUCAAGAACAACAGAAGACAGAAGUUUUAAGCCUCGAUGAGCUGAACCCAGAAGUAAGAAGAGAAGAGGAGGAAGAAGAGAAGGAGGAGAUGGAAGAGGAGGAGAAAGAGCAAUCGCAGCAUUCCAGAAAAUCCCUGUUGAGACACAACGAGGAGAGGGAGGAGGCAGACGAUUCAGAGUUGGAGGCAGAACAGGAUAUUUCUCAAAACCAGGACAAUUCCACUCCCCCUGAGCAAAGUCUGUCAGAGGAGGAAGCCCCAGAGGCCCCGCCCCUGCCCUCCUCCGAGUCCAACUCUAGAGCCUCCUCUCUGGACAGUCCCAGUGCCACCCCAGAGCCCCCUGCUGGUGCAAGAGAGUAUCUACUGGAUCCUCCAGGUACCACAUAUGGAUCAGUAGAGAACAAGGAUGAAAAUGAGUUGGAACUGCAAGCAGAUGAAGAUGGAGGCCAGGAGGACAGGGAGGAGGAGAGCUCGUUCUUACAGGAGGUUCUGAGUUCCUUGAAAACACCUCUUGUGUCUUGUUCCCUGAGCGUAGAGACUGAGGGUGUGACUCUGAAGACAGACGAGGAGACAGAGGAAACAGAGAACAAUGUAGUGGACAAAGAGGAUGAGGAGAAGGGGAAGGAAGAAGAAGCAGACGUGGAAGAACCUGUGAGCUAUCAGUGUGUUCUCUCAGGUUCUCCACCCAUGGGCCACACCGCUGAGGAAGAAGAGGAGGAGGUUUCCAUUCUUCCCUGUCAGGAAGAAAUGGUUCCCUCUGAAGAAGAGGCAAAAAGUGAAGAAGAAGGAGAGGAGGAAGAAGAACUGGUUGUGGAACGAGUUGUUUAUAAUGCUCAAGAAGAAGCUGCAGAGAAAGAGGAGGUGGAUGAGCUUGAACCUGAGGAGGAACGUGAUACAUCCAUGAGAAAAUGUGACAUCCUGGUUCAGGAUGAAGAACUGGAGGAGGAGAGUGAGACAGAGGAGGAGGCAAUGGAGGUGGAGAAGGAGGGUGGAGAGGCAAUAGAGGUGGAGAAGGAGGCAAUAGAGGUGGAGAAGGAGGCAAUUGAAGGGGAGGAGGCAAUGGAGGUGAAGAAGGAGCCAGAGGUGAAUGAGGAAGAAUGGGAGAACAGAGAAAAGGAUGAUGUCAAGGAGGAGGAAGUGGAGGCAGAAAUGAGUGCAGGACUGGAGGAGAUGGAGGAAGCAAUUGAAGAGGUGAGGGAGGACACAGAGGAGAUGACGGAGACCGUCCGUGAUACAGCAGAGGAAGAAGUUGAAGUUGCCAUGUCGUCACAGGAGGCAGAUGAAGAUGUAGAUUCUGUGGUUGGAGAUGACACCACAUGCACCACAAAACACACAAGUGGCGACGACAUCGCUGCAGAACCCGGUCAUCUGCAAGUUACCAAAGUGCAGGAGGUCCAAGAAAGCUCUGAGAUGGUGGAGGCAGUUGUAGAGAGUGACGAACCGCAAUCAGACCAAGAGGAAGAUGUGGAAACACACCAACCUGAUAUGGAUGAAACUGCACAUGAGAAUCUAGCUGAAGUUUCCCAUGUAGACCAGAAACAAGUGGAAAAAGAUGAAACUGAAGCCAUGGAGCAAGCUACUGUGCCUGCAAAGCCGGCUUCUUUGUUUCUCCUGGAGACACAUUGUGCGACUCCAUCACAAGAAAGUGGACCUGUCUCUCCCAGUAGGACCAGUACCAUCCACAUUAAUCUUAUUUCUCCCAGUUCAGAGAAAGCUGCACCUUUGUUCCAACAGUCUCCACCUACUGCAGACGCUGAAGAAACUUUCACUGAGUCAUCUCCUCCUGCUUUAGCUGCCACAAAGCAACAAGCAACACCAACAGAGGAGGAACAAUGUGCUGCUGAGGAGGAAGUAGAGGAAGAGCAAAGGUCUCCUCUCAAAGACCAAGCUACACAUCCCGUCCCUGUGGAGGAAACUGUCAAACAACCAUCCAGCAGUCCAGAGCAGAGUAAAGUCCGCUUCACCAUCGUGCCGGCCUGGCAGAGAUCACAAAGUUUGACUCCUCCUUCUUCUCCACCUGCAUUCAUCUCCUCUGGGUCACCUGUUGUCACAGAACCCGGAGCUGAAGAUGUGGAAGCUCCAACAAGGAAGGAUCUUGUUGUGAAAGCAGGGCCAGCAAGUUCACCUAAGGUCGAAGUGCUGAGUCCUGGUAGAGUGAGGAAUGUCGGGAGCCCCACUGUCAAACCCCAGAGCAAUGCGACACUGCCUCCACCCUCCGUCAAACCUCAGACCUCAGCUGUUGCAAACACAGAAGAAAGCUCUGUUGUGGUGGAGGGAAACCCUGACAAUCCAUUUGGAGUCCGGCUGAGGAAGACUUCCGCUCUGCACCUCUUCAGCUCAGAGGAAGCAAACACAGAGUCGGCCGUUGAAUCUCCAGUUCAGCCAACCAGCUCUAAAACUGAGCCUCCACAGCCAGUCGGAGUGAAACCCUCUAUAAAUCAUCCAGUCAGUAACAAGCCUGCCCUCCCUAAGAAACCGGACGUGCACGGAGAUAGUGGAGUUAAAACCAAGUGCAUCUCAGACCCAGCAGCAGCUGCAGCUGCAGCUCGUGGUGUUUCUACUGGAUCUGAGUCUCCCAGUUGGAUCUCUGUGGCCAAACAGAAACAGAGGAUCUAUAAAGAAAGCUCACUGGAUGAGAUCACUGUCAAGAAGGAAGAGCAAGAGAGGAAGUCUUCACUGCCAGCAUACGUUAGCUCAACAAGCAAGGAGCAGAGCAACAAAACAGCCGAAUUCACAGGCAAAGUGAGUUCGCUGGAGUUGAGUAAGCCGUCGGCGUCUGUAGAAAAGGAGGCAAGGAAAAGUCUCUCUCCUCCGACUCCAGUGCCACCUCAACCUUCAAAAGUCCACUUGCUGCCCUGUGCAGUCUCUCCAAAACCCUACGUUCCCCCUGCCACAGCCAAACAUCCAGACCAAAAAUCCCUUUCAGCUCCAACUACGGUUCCAGUUUCACUAAAAGCCCCCUCUUGCACAAGCCCAACAUCUCUUCCCAAACCUGCCUCUUCCUUAUCUCCUCCCUCUAAGACUCCCCAGCCCCCGAGUGCUGCCGUCACCCCUGCACCUUUUUCAUCGAGAACAGCUCCAGAAAAGUCUGCUUCGAGAGCUGCAGGUCUCCCUGGACAGACCACAUCCUCCCAGCGAGGCCUGCCUCCCCCCGCUUUGCCCCAGGACGAGCCUCCAUGGAUGGCACUGGCCAAGAAGAAGGCCAAAGCCUGGAGUGAGAUGCCUCAGAUCGUCCAGUGAUGGGCCAGGUUUAAGUAAGGUUGUGCACUUUGGCCUAAGCUGGCCCAUAAAGUGUGGUCUGGACGGACCAGAAUGCAUUUGCACACAAAGAGUUGUUGUUUGUUAUUUUACUGGCUCCAGGCUUUAAAUUGGUACAUCCUCCCCAGACACAGCUAGAGACGGGCUCUGUUUAACCCCCUCCUCUACAUCCUUAUAAGUCAUAGUCAUUUUCUAAAUGACAAAAGUAGGACCCCAAAAGUUGCAUUCAAGAGUUCAUAUUUUUUCAGCAGUCUUUGCAUUUUAUACGGUGCCUGAACGAGAGGAAGUACAUAAAGUGUCACAGCAGAAAAUUUUAUAUUUUAUCUACGGUAACGCAAAUGAUCUCUGCCUGUUAUCACUAAAAAUUUCAGGGAGGGGGAGAAGACUUAACUUUUAAUUCACAGGAGAAUAACACAAAGUAAAUCUUGGGGUUUGCUUUUCAUUUAUUCUGUCUUAAAAAGUGUGUGUGUGUGUGUGUGUGCGUGUGAGAGAGAACAGUGAUGUGUACUCACAUUUAUAUGAGAUAAUAUUCAUGUUGAGCUGGAGAAAAAUGCUGCUGCUCGUCAUGAGUUUGGGUAAAAAACAAAAUUGCUGCAGAGCCACAGGGUCUCUGUGUAUCAGGUUCUUCAGACAAACGUAUUUUAUUCUAAUUUUAUCCACACAUACUAACCAGUGAUGUUUGUUGUGUUUGUGUGCCGAGUGUGUCCAACGUGUUUCAGUUUGUCAGUGUAAAUUAUAUUUUUAAUUUUCUCUUUGGAACCUAACCACAAACUUAUCGGUCCGCAUCCGACAGAGAUCAUAAACCAUACAAGAUCGGCUGUUCAGAAACUAAGAAAAUCUACCAUCACACUGACCUUUGUGUCUUUUUAAUGUUUUUUUUACUGCAUCAUCCUGCUGGCGUGGUCGUGUGGGUCCGGUUACAACCAAGCAUGUAAAUAAAUCAUACUUAGCCACUUGGAAGUCGGUUUGCUGCAGAAUGCAAUGCAUUGCUAAAGGAAGGCAAAUGUCACGUUUUCCUUUGUGUCGAUUAAAUCUAUGUAUCUCACAGUAACUAUAAAUGUUUUAUGCAUUUUCUUUUAUUUUGUAUUGCCUUUCGAGGAUUUGUCUUGUACAUACAAUGUGUAGUAAAGAGCAAAUUAAAUCACUUUUCCUGA